AUGUGGGGCCGCAUGUGCAGCUCCAGACGCGGCUCCGGGAGCAUAUCCGGUGGCGGCAGCGACCCCGAGCGCGAGCGGCGCGUCCGGUCGGACAGCGCGAGGAAGUGGACCAACCGCGGCCUCUCGCCGUCGCCGAGCUUCCGCGUCCGGGAGACGGACGAAUACAACCGUCGGCACGGCCGUACGCCGUCCUCGGCCGCGGGCGGCGAGAUCUUCAGGGAGUGGUCGGAGGAGCUGGAGGAGACCGAGUUCGUCCCCGUCAAGCAGGAGCCCGAGGAGCUCGGCAACCGCGGAGUCAUCGGGCCGGAGGACUUCGUUGUCGAUGUCGACGCGGUCGCGGCAGCCAUUGCCGAGUGGAGCUUGCGUGAGGAGGCGGAGCGUUGGUGCCACCAUGAGGAGCUCGAAGACCUCGUGUUCCAGCAGGCGUUCGCGGCCAACCUCGCCGCCAAGGAGAAGGACGACGAGUGGCGGCGCAAUCCGCGAGGAGCAGAGGGAGAAGUACAUCGACCUUGGCAGCUCCGUCGAGGAGGAUUGAGCUCCUCCACGGCGUCGUCCAUGGCCGCGAGCUCGCCGUCUCUUGUGUGCGCGCACGGGUCGAUCCGGACGACCAGCUCCUCAUGGUUGUCCUCCACCGCUUGCUCACCACGGCGGAGACCAACACGCAGCGUCUCCAUCGCAAGAAAGGCGCUCCGGCUCGCCAUCGAGCUGUCAGAGCGCGAGGCGGUGGAGGAUGUGGCGGCCAAAGCCAAGGCCGCCCGGCUGGUGAAGGAGCAGGCGCACGUGGUCCGUCGGAUGGCCGGCAUCAUCACCUCCUCCGACGUCUUCGAUGGGUGUGACGACGAUGACUUUGUUCCUCCCGCUGUCGAUGACUACACAGAGAGAUACAGCCGCACCGGCGACCGCAAGAGGAAGGAUCCAACAUGGAAUGGUGAUUUCCUCCGCCCUUCUUUGUAUCUGUUUACCUUUAGUUUUUUAUUACAAAUCUAA